AUGGCAGACGACACAACUCCUGCUGCUGCGGGUGGUGGCAGUGCCGUUGCAGGGCCAUCCUCGUCGUCCACCCAGCCACACACUCCAACCGCUGCCGCCUCGAGUAGCAACCCUACCACAGAAACCUCAGCCCCGGCCUACCGCCCUCAAUCGCGAUUCAGCUUUCCCGCAGCAGCACAGCCCGAGAUCGUGCGAGCCUAUCAGAAGGACACGUACUACAAGGACCUAUUCACAUCGCAGGUUUCGGACGUGGUGCGCUCGCUCUUCGGCACACGUGUGCAGCAUUCGCAUGUAUCAUCCAUCUCUCUCGUCGGCGCUCUGGGAUACUACCUGCUCUCAACAUCCUCAAUACCGGGCAUGGGUGACGGACGCGGUGGUCAGACGCUGGGCGAGGAAUACGUCAACAGUAUCCCAAAAGAUGUGCGCACCGGUCGCAUCGUCACGCUCCCCAAACGCCUCGCCUGGAUCCUGCUGCACGUUCUCGGCCCCUACACGCUCACCAAACUGUACGCUGCCCUCCGCCGCUACUCCGUAUCGACGCGUGAAAAGCUCGAGGCAGCAGAGGCGAGGGCACGCGCCAGAGCCCGUGCGCUAGACAAAGCGUUUGACGCCUCUGCACACAUCACCGCACACAGAAGGCUGGUCACGUGGUUGAGCAAGACACUGCCGCCGCUCGAAACGCUCCAGUCGCAGGAUGGCUGGCUGGCGUACCUGUCGGCUGCGCACUUGAUGCUGUUUUACUUGGGCGGCAAGUUCUACAGCGCUGCGCAGAGGUUGACGGGGGCGGAGAGCGAAACAGGCGGAUGCCGACACGCACGACGCCGACGCUUCCUCUGA